UUUAAAUCGACAGGAAGUGCGAGUUGCAGCCUUACACAGAUUAUAGUGCUGUUCGGAGUAGUGGCUGGUACAUGGAUUUUUCGACAUCAGGGUGUAAAGGUCUUUAAGAACAUUAUCACAUGCCGUUGCUGUACACUCGUCUGUGAGCAGAGCGUGUUAUUUGUGAAUGCUAGUAUGAAUGGUAAGACUGGGAAUGGAGCAGCGGGGGGUGUGCUGGCCUGUAUUGAGGGUCUUCCGCCGCUGCCCAAGAGCCUGAGCGGACUGCUCAACUCCAGCGGCGGCUCGUGGAGAGAGAUGGAGAGGAUGUAUGUGAAGAAGACCAUGAUUCAGGACGACUUGAGCCGAGGAAGGAAUAACACAGACAAUCUGCUGGCGAAUAAACCAGCAAACCUGGAUGCCGCCCUUGCUUUGCUCAGAAAAGAGAUGGUGGGUUUGCGGCAGCAGGACAUGUCCCUGCUCUGUCAGCUCUGGUCCCUUCACGAGUCCAUACAGGAGUACAAGGGCAGCUGUCAGGACCUCUCCGCUGUAUCCAGUGCGGAUGGACCCUACGGGAUGGAGAACGGUUAUUUUGAUGAAGAUGAGGAAUAUUAUACUGAGUCCGGUAUGACGCCAGCCGAAACGCCAGAUGGAAACGAUACAUCUCCUAAAAACGGGACAUCCAAAGACAGCUGGAUACACGACUCAUUCCAUAUCACAAUCUAAAACACUUGACUUUUAUUCUUUAAUGAAAACAAACUGUGCCAUAAUUUAGUUUGCUGGCAUUUUUUAGUUUUACAGCAGACUCUUUCUAUAGUAAAUAUAAUUGAGAAUUAUUAUUUAUUGUAUAAUAUGCUACAUACAGUAGUAUCCCCCCCCUGAAUUAAUCAACAUUGGAAAUCUUUUUUUUAUAAGGGGAGAAGCAUAUCAUUUCAUAAUGAUGUUUGCAGUAAAUCAUGUUAAACUUGUGUUGAUGAAUUUAUAGACAUUGGUUUGAUGCUAAAAAGUCUUAUUUCUCUUUGAGCAAUCGCUCGCUGGGUGCUUGCAGAAGACAGGGUUUUGUUUUUACUGAAAAUAUGAAUUCUGAAUAUGCUGGAAAUGCUACCUAUUCUUUGCUGAAAUGUAAUCCAGGGUAUAACCAGCACAAAGAGCUUGAAACAGCAUCACCAAAACAAAACGCAACUCACCAUGACCAUGCUUUAUCUAUAAGUAAAUCGAUAACCAGCUCCA